UGUUGCAAAGAAUAUGUAUUCUAAAAUGCUCUAGAGCCAGGUAUCCGCUACAGCUUCUUGUAGUGACAAUAAAUACAAUUAACAAGUAAAUAACAAUGAUUUUAAUGGGCUCAAAUCUCGAAUAACUUCAGAGAGUUGAAAAAAAAUCAACAAAGAAGGCAGCGCUGCUAAAUUCUAGUAGUAUAUUAUAACCUGUAUGCUAAGCACAUAUACUUUCUGUAGCUAAAAAAAGCUAUUUUAUGAAAAGACGUUGUUAUUAUUCCUUAUUUAAACAAUAUGGUUGAAUACGUUCCAAGAUCUGCUGCAUUUUAUCGCCGAUCAAUGUAUGCAAUUAAUAACGAUAGCAGUGAAGAUGAAAACUUUAGAAAUCCGUUAGAUACAUCUUUACUAUCAACGAGUAACUCUGAUGUUAUAUCGGACAACACAAAUUCAAUCCUAUCACCAAAUGCACGUUCAUCAGAGUUUGAUAAUUCUCAAGAUGUUUUAAAUAGUCCAGAGCAACAUAACGAUUCUGAAGAAUCACAAAUUGCGAAUCAAAGUCCAGUGAAUCAGAGAUUUCUUAUUGGACUACUCAAUGAAGCAGAUGAUAACGAAUCCGAAGACAACCCAAUAAGUAACGAUUCUACUGACAGUGGAGAGGAUACUGAUGAGGAUCGUGAUUCCGAAAAUGAAAGUAUUUUAUCUUUUAACGAAAAUAGAUUAGAUUAUGACCCAUAUCAUGAAUUACGAGAUUUGUUGAACAAACAUGAAAUGAAUAUUCCUGUUGACAUUCCUGUAAGUGCAAGUAAAUCAGACAUGAUGCUAGCUGUAUUCGAAUAUGCUCUAAUUCACAAUUCGUCUCAGACUGAUAUAGAAGACUUAUUCAAAAUGAUAAAUAGUUUUUUUGAAUCAAACAUUCUACCACAUAGUAGAUAUCGUAUUAAUAAACUUUUUAAUAGCAACGAUAAUGUACAGUUUCAUGCUGUUUGUUCGAAUUGCCAAAGGUAUAUAAAAAAGUUUGAUGAAACUGAUAGACUAGUGAAAUGUAUACAUUGUAAUACAGUUAUUUUGUUAAAAAAUCCUACUUAUACCAAUUACUUUGUAAUUUACGAUGUAAAAACAGAAAUUGUAAGUUUAGUAAAAGAAAAUAUUAAUUAUUUUGACAAUAUAAAAAAUAAACCAGAUAUUGGAAAUCAACCUAUAGAAGAUAUAACAGAAUAUAAGAAAAUAUUUAAUCAACUAUCAGAUGAAGAAAAAAAAAUUUUGUUUCCGUAAUUAUUAAUAGUGACGGUUCUCCUAUUUUUGUAAGUUCCAAAUGUUCAGUAUGGCCUAUACAAUUAAUAAUUAAUGAAAUUCCGUAUGAAAGCAGAACCGCAAAUCCUGUAGUUUGUGGAAUAUGGUUUGGCAAAGGUAAGCCAGAUAUGGAUAUAUUUUUGAAGCCGUUUGUUGAAAAAAUGAAGGCACUAGCCGAAGGAAUCAUAUGUACAAUAAACGAUGAAGAAUGUUGCCUUCAAGUAUAUGUAGUUUGUUGUUGCGUUGAUUCUCAAGCACGAGCACCAAUGCAAGGCAUUAAGCAUUACAAUGGAUAUUACGGCUGUAGUUGGUGUUUACAUCCAGGAUUAAAUGUUGCACAUGGUAGAGGACGCAGUAUUAAAUACGUUUAUAUAGAUGAACCAAUACCUAGACGAACAGAGUUAACUAUGGUUACACAUGCACUAGAAGCUUUAGAACAGUCAAAAGCAGUUCAAGGCGUGAAAAAAUUAACUGUUCUAGCAGAUUUGCCUAAAUUUAAUAUAGUUGAUGGAUUUUGUCCCGAUAUUUUGCAUUGUAAUAAUUUAGGAACCGCAGAAAAAAUUUUAAAACUAUGGAUUGACCAAAGAGGUUUUCCCUUUUCGUUAGAGGAACAACAAAUUGAAACUAGUAAUACUUACUUAAAAACCAUUAAGCUGCCUAAUCAAGUGCAGAGAUUAUCUCGGCCUAUCAACGAGAGAAAAUUUUAUAAGGGAAAGGAGUAUGAAAAUUGGAUAUUAUUUUUAAGUUAUCCAAUAUUAAAAAUAUUUGACAAUUUUUCGCCAUAUCUUGAACACUGGAAAUUAUUUAUUAACGGUUAUUAUAUAUUAAUGCAAGAUAAUUUGACUAUGGCACAAAUACACCGUGCGCACGAAUUAUUAAUUGAAUUUGUUGUCGAAACAGAAGAUUAUAUUCAAAAUCUGCUAUGACUUACAAUGUCCACCAACUAUUACAUCUGGCGCAAAGUGUCAUUAACUGGGGAUCACUACUGAAUCAUACAGGUUAUUGCUUUGAAAGUGGCAAUGGAAAAAUUUUAAAAGCAGUUCAUGCUGCUAAAGGAGUAACGCACCAAAUAAGCAAAACAAUAUCAUUGCGACAGAGUGGGAUUUUUUUAAAAGAACACGUACUUACAAACAAUCCUUUAUCGCCAGUAACUAGAAACUGAUUUUCCUAUCAAGAAAAUAAUAAAUGUUUCUAACGAACUGACAGUUAUUGAUACUAAUAAUAUUUCAAAGGUUUGUGUGCAUCUUCAUUUCAAUGUUCUUGAUGCUGAGUAUAUAUGUGCUGUACCAAAUUUAUAUUAUGUAUAAUAUUAUCGGGCGAGUUACAUCGUUGCUUUAAAUUUUUUAAUAAUAUAUGUUUAUUACUACACUGCUGAAUGAUGAAUGAAAAUAAUUGUAUCAUA